CAGUAUCGCGCGACACCUCGUCCGUUGUCGUCUGUCUUGCUGCGUCUUUUCGUGUAUGUGUGUGUGAGAGAGAGAGCGUGCGGGAGUGACACGCGCGUAUUCGCGUCGAGAGACCGGCUCUCAGUUGACGGAGAAGGAAUCGAGCCACUUUUGAACGAAUAGUCGUAAUCCGAACGAUUAGCGAGGGCGUCAAUAAAUGCGGAAGUGGACAACUUCACGCGCGUGCUUGUCCGUCGUGUAUCCUCGAUGACAACGUGGAACGGUUGUUAGCGUGACAGUUAAUGCGCGACGUAUACGACAUUUCGUGUGAGUAAACGCGACGAGACUCAUGAUGACUCUAUCAUAACGCGGAGUUUUCAAACGAUCGCGAAAGAACAAUUCCCUUUUGUGAAAAGAAUCACGUGACCGCAAGGGUGACCGGGGGCAUCAUUUGUUCGACCACGGUUGCUCCGACGUGACGUUCGCGACGAGGGAGAGGAAUCGCCGGGAAUCGCUGAGAAGAUUCGACGGAUCCGUGAGUUUACUUUCUUAAUUUCGAUUAAUCUCGAAGAGACACGCGCGCGUAUGCCGGUGAAAACGUCGCGGCCCGAUUCGCCGGACGACGGCGCGCGCGCGCAUGCUCCAUUUUGAAAAUUUGAAGUUAGCAAGUGACUCGCAAACUCCGCGGGCGAACGUGCGCGAACUCGAAACCGCGUUCUCCUCGUGCGUCCAGGACUUGUACCUCUCGAGUAUGUGCAUCACAGUGGGAUUCUCGUGCUUCCUCGUAUCCGCGCGCGUCCAUAAUUGACUGUUGUGCAUCGGGUUUGUGUUUUUCACCUCGUGGGACAACAUGGCACGCGGGGGUCACCGUCAGUUGUGCACGCUCCUCUUCCUCCUCCUCUUCGCGGACAUCUUGAAAGGUGGAAAUGGCGAUGUCGAGGAUUCGGAUACCGACGUGCAAGACUACAGCACAGACGAGGACUACAACGAUGUUUUUGACUCGACCACGAACGGGACCGACGUGGACGCUGCAUCCGGCACGAAAAGUGGUACUUUAAAAUUCGUAAGGACUUUGACAAACAUUUCGAAGGAUGCCGGCGGCAUAGCUCAUAUGCGAUGCGAAGUCGUGGGCGAUCCUCCUCCAACAAAGAUACGAUGGUACAAGAAUGAAGCGCCAUUAGAAGAGAACCGACCAAAAAUCACCAUUAGAAAAAUACACGCGCAAAUGCACGAACAUGCGGCGAAGAACUUGGCAGGAAGUCGAUUAAAAAUCACAAAUUUGGACGUUUCUGACAUUGGUUUUUAUAUUUGUCGCGUCAGUAAUGGUAAGGACCAAAUUCAGAGCGAAGGAACCCUGCGAGUCGAUUCUUCAAAAAAAUGGCCAGCUCCUAUGCAUCCAGAACAUUCUAUGGGACAACCGUCAGGCGAUAAAUUUUCCACGGGGAUAUCAGGGCCAAGCUUUAUUGAUGGCAUGGGACAUGGAGACAUGUUGGACAUCUCAGGAAGUGGAAUGUCUACGCCUCACAUCUCCCACUUGGCAUCUGUGAAUCCCUUCAACGCACAUUCGCCGAGUCCACAGCCAACUAGUUCACAAUCCAGCACCAUGGAUUUCAAUACACUCAGCGGCCUUACUAAUGGCAAUAUACAAUUCCCUCCUAAUGUGAAUUUCGAUGAAAUAUCAAGCAUAAGUUCAGUUCCAGGCAGAAAAGACAAUCAUAGAGGAACUUGCGAGGUGUAUAUAGGAAAAACCUGCGCACAAUUUGUAGGAAACCAAUCGGUUUAUAUUAUAUAUCCCAUGACACAGAAAAUGCUUGAGGAGAAGUUAAUGAAAGCCUUUCAAGUUAUCAAUUUCUCAAACGAACUCUCGUCGAAUUGCGAAGGGUAUGCAAAGCCGUCCCUUUGUUAUUCCGCCUUCCCGAUAUGCCGCGAUCCAGCUAACGCUCAGAAACCGAAGAACGCGGAAGCGAGCACGCAGCUCUUCAAUCUCCUGAAUUCCAAACAAGACGACUUCUUAGACGACGGAGACCGCGACGACACGGAUGAUUUUUCGAAACUGCACAGCGUUCCUAAACGUAGUCCUACCUUGGGUCCAGGUUUCGACUUUAUACACAACGAAGAUGGGAAAUCAACUAACAAGAAAAUAAUUAAUCAGAGUUACGGCGACAUGCGAGCGUCCAGCAGAAACGAGAUUAAUCGCAAAUUACGAAAGAUAUGCCGGGAGGAGUGUGAAAUGCUAGAGAAUGAGUUGUGUAGGAAGGAAUACGCGAUAGCGAAGAGGCAUCCGUUGAUUGGGCAUCAAGUGCCUUUGGUCGAAUGUUCCGAUUUACCACUGGAAGGGACAACUGAGGCUCGUGAUUGCUUAACGCUUGGAUUGUCUGUGGCAAAUAAUGUGCAAGAAAAUGAUUAUUGCUAUUGGGGUAGUGGAAAAUCCUAUAGAGGAACUGUAAAAACAAGCAUUAAUGGAAAACCAUGUUUACGGUGGUCCCAUCAUUUCAAUCUUGCGAUUUCCGAUUAUCCGGAAUUAGCUGGACGUCAUUCUUAUUGCCGAAAUCCUGGCGGCAAAGAACCUCAACCAUGGUGUUUCGUCGAUGUGAAUAACAGAAUGCAAAAAGAGUUUUGCAAUAUACCUAAAUGCGUUGAGAAUUUAUGGAUUUACGCGGUCGUUGGUUUUGUACUAACGGGAGGAUUUGUUAUUAUAUUAAUUUGUUAUUGCUGCUGCUACAGAAGUAGAAAAUCCAGAAGGCAAAUGAAUCAUUUACCAUCCAAUAAAAUGUUAACUAGUAUUCAGUGCGAUAAAAAUAUAUACGACGGAAGAAGGAGCACGACACAACCCAUGGAAAUGAGUUCUCUCUUGGCAGGGCCCGGUAAUACGACACCAGGCACUGGUACUUUAAGCAGUGGCAGUAGUAGAACUUCUAAUAAUAGGAUACCGCAAUUUACUACAAAUAAUAUCGUGCUCUUGCAAGAACUUGGUGAAGGCGCUUUCGGAAAAGUUUAUAAAGGCGAAUUGCAAACUGGAAAUAAAUGUGAACCACCAAUUUAUGUAGCGGUAAAAACGUUGAAGGAAAAUGCAACUCCCAAGACUCAGAGCGAUUUUAAAAGAGAAGUUGAAUUGAUGACGGAUCUACGACAUCCGAAUAUCAUUUGUUUGCUCGGCGUGAUACUGAAAGGAGAACCAAUGUGUAUGCUUUUUGAAUACAUGACUCAGGGGGAUCUGCAUGAGUUUUUAAUCUGUCAUUCCCCGAGAUCGGAUGUCCCGUUAAAUAACAGUGGCGGAAAAAUUCUAGAACAACCGGAGUUUUUGCAUAUUGCUUUACAAAUUGCUUCCGGUAUGGAAUACUUGGCAAGUCAUCAUUACGUCCAUCGCGAUUUGGCAGCGAGAAAUUGUCUAGUAGGCGAUAAUCUAACAGUCAAAAUCUCAGACUUUGGUCUGUCGCGAGAUAUAUACAGCAGUGACUACUAUAGAGUACAAUCCAAGAGUCUACUCCCUGUUCGAUGGAUGCCACCCGAAUCGAUUCUUUAUGGUAAAUUUACUACCGAAUCGGAUGUAUGGAGUUUCGGAGUUGUACUUUGGGAAAUCUACAGUUACGGUUUGCAGCCGUAUUACGGAUACAACAAUCAGGAAGUUAUAGACAUGAUUCGCUCACGACAACUAUUACCAUGUCCUGAAGACUGCCCGACAAUGAUUUACAGUCUGAUGAUCGAGUGUUGGCACGAGGUAGCGAAUCGUAGGCCACAGUUUCCGGAAAUCCAUCACCGACUGCAUAAUUGGUACAUCAAUCAAACCUACUUGAGUGACUUCUGCAACGAGUCCAUCACCAGUUACUCUGGCAGUAGUCACAAGAGCACAAACAAGACUAAUUCGACGCAACUAUCAGCGCCGAUAUAUAAAAGCGAUCAGAAAACAGGUACAGAAUCAGUGAACAUGUGUAAUCUUAACGAUCAUAAUAACGCGAUAAAAAUACCGCCACCGACAAAUACUUUCCUGAAUUCUAAUUGCGUUGAGCAGAGACUAAAUUGCGGUUUCAGCACAGAACAUGGAACGCCAAUAAAAACGUCUAAUUACCAAAAUCCUGCUACAAACGUCAAUCUGAACGAUAUUUAUGACGACAAACAGUGUUGCUCACCCAAAUUGAGUGGCGCGAAAAAAGUUUUACCCGCGGUAAUACCUCAGGCGGGUAUUCCCAAACCGAACGUGCCCAACAAUGGCCCGAGACCGAUGCAAAACGGUGCACAAUUGGUCGUCAGGUUACCGGAUCCCAGUAAAGUCACGACUGAAACGAGGGUAUCAAAGUGAACUAGUUCGUUUGCGAUCACGAAUGAUUCAUCGUCGAUCAAACGAAACACUUCUAAUUUCCAUUGGGAACAUAAGCUCCUUAUCAUUCACGCUCUCAACACCAAGGAUUUGGAGUUAUGACAACCAUAUAGGUUGCCAUCGAAAUAGGCACUGAUGCCAGUUUUGUAUCGAAAAAAAGAGAAACUAAUCACGAAUGCAUACGUUCUUCAUUUACCGUGAUGAUUUGUCAGCGUUGAUGAAUGUAUGUUUAUUCUCACGAUUGGAUAUUUUUUUCGUAUUAAACAAAUAGGAUACAGAGACCUACUACAAAAACCAUUACUGCCAUAUAUACGUUGCUAUAUAUACAUUGCUAUAUAUACAUUUAUUUAUUUUUACAAAUAUACACGUAUUUUAUAUUUCCUCUUAUUUCGAAGAACUUAUAUAAAGUGUUUUUCUUGCGACCUAUUGAAUGAUUUUUUUGAAUGGCAUCGAACAAACGAGAUACAGAGAAUAACUACAAUACUUAAUCACUGCCAUAUAUAUGCAUUUAUUUAUUGUUAUAAAUAUACACGUAUUUUAUAAUAUAUAUUAUUAUUUUGGAUGGUAUAUAUACAUAUAUAUCUGUAAUGUUUUACAUCUAAUUUAAUACUUACAUACGUGGGACAUGGAACCGAAUGUCGUGCUCUAAUGAUUCCAUUUAUGACUAUAAUAAUACAACUCAAUAGAACGAAAUUUUUAAGACGUGCCCUUUUUUAUUUUUAUGAGAAGAUAUUCAUUGAAACAUUAUACUAGCGAAUAAUUUAUAUAUUUAUUCGUAAGAUAUGUAAGACGGAUGAGAGAAUUCUUUUUUUCACUAAAAAGAAAAAUAAAUUCUCUUAUGGAAUGCAAUAUCAACGAAUGUUGAUAUCUGCAUUAAAACGAAUGUUUAAUCAUGUGCAUGCUCUGUCUGAAGAGUAUAAUAUUGUAUGGAAUAUUAUUGUUAUACUCUAUAUAAGGCAUACUCCCUUUUGAAUCACGUUUUCAAAUAAUCUUUACAGAACUGUUCAAAAAGAUUCGUAUAUGCGGGCAAUCGGAUAUAUAUUGUAAUAAGCGAAAGUGAGAAAAGAACGACAGAGAAAAGAUGUGUAUGUGCGUGUGUGUGCAUGUGUGUAUUUUGUGAAUAUAUAUUGAGAUGUUUUCUAAAAAGCAAUUUUUAUAAUCAUCAUAUUGUAUGCCAAAAUCCGGAUAGUGAAUAUUGAUUGUUAAUAAGAAGGUAUUCAAUUUGUACAUUUUUAUAAUAAUUACAUAUGUAUCUGUAAAUCUUUGAGGUCACUCUUUUAGUCAAAAACAUAAUUUAUUACUGCAAUUGUACUAUAUGAAUUUAUUGGAAUAUGAUUUACAUCUAACAAUAAGUUAUGCAAAAAUCAAUAUGUACUGAAAAAAUAUAAGAAUGAAUUUAUUUAUAGUAUUGUUAUGCCCGGUAUGGAAGACCGGGCUGGCGAGCGGCUGUAUUCAUGUUAAUAUAGAUGACGAUCAGAUUUGUGUUAGGUCUGUCUGUCUGUCUAUCUGUCUUGCGACGAUCCAGGAAUUUCACCUCUAACGUCGCAAUACGAAUGCCCUCAUUUUGGCAAAUGAUUUUGCUUCUGUAUUUAUAGCUUUUUUGUGUGAAAUGCUCAUUGUCAACAUUUGUUUAUAUAAUUCACAGAUACUUGAUGUAAUCGUAUUUACUAACGAAAAAUAAUUUAUGCAUUUUUUUAUGCUAUUCUUGCAACUACGUAACUCUUAGUAUUCUUUGACCUCAAAGACGCAAAUGACUGAGAUUUAAAACCCACGAACACUCAGCAAUGUUAAAUGGAAAAUUUUAUCAGCGUUCGUGUAUAAAUUAUAUUCGUGUAUAGGGCGUAUAGUAUACAUUUUAACAGGCGCUAAAACACUCGAUUCGACAUUUGGAUCGAAAAACACCCGAUGGUGAACUUUGCGAAAUUAAUGUCCACUUUAAACCGAGGUAGUGAGUAUUAGCGCAGAGCGAUUAGGGAAUGGAAACAUAGAAUCUAAGCACUCAAAGGGAGAGACUGUAUUAUACUUUUUAUAAUUUUGUAUUAAUGAAAAAAAAAAGAAGAAGAGCGUGUUCCGUUUGUCGGAGAAAAAAAGAUAAACUGGACUUGACGACAUCGUCCGGUGGUUUUUACUCCCACGCUCGUUAAACGCUGGAUAAUGAUCAGAGAGUGCGCGAAAGUGCUAUUGAGUUAAAUAAGACUUUUAGAACUGACAAACCUCCGAAUCGAAAUUUAUAUCGAUUGUAAUCCCGACCGUCUCGAAGGUUUGCCACGGAGACUUAGACUUAAGUUAAUUUAUGUAAACUUCAGCGAACGAUCAUACAUAUUUAAGACCUUUAUAUAUUCAGUCAAAUAUAAUAUACAAUUAAUGUUUUUCGUA